CUUAAAGGACUGAGGAUGCUGAGCAAACCUUCGAAGGGGGCGGCAAAACUCAUUCUCUCCACCUUACCUAGGUCCCUUCUACGCCCCGCUUCUCUCUCUCUUUCAGAAUCGAGGAAGAAAUGGGUUUCUUCGAUUUGAAUGUGCCGUACAUGGAAGGAAGGAGAUCAGAGAAAUCCAUCGCCAAUAAGAGCAGUAGGAAGAAUGCGAGAUUGAAGUUCGUAGUGAAAGCAAUGGAGAUGGGCUACACCGGAGUCGCUUACAAUCGUUUGAUGAAGGGUAUCAUGUCCGACUCCGAUCGCUGCACCAUCUCUCUUUUCCCUCUCUCUUCGCUUCUCAAAGCAGCUCCUAAUCUCUCCACCUCCGUUAAGUUCCACAGAGAGAUUUUGGGGGUUCCCUCGAACUCCCCCUUCCGUCAGUACACUCGCUUGACCGUUGCCGUCGAAACCCCUCGCCAGGCCGACGCUUUGAAUUCUGGCAAUCCAGUGCUCAAGUCCUAUGAUUUGGUCGCUGUUCGCCCCUUGAAUCAGCUUGCCUUCGAUCGUGCCUGCAAGGAUUCUGAGGUGGAUAUUAUUGCCAUAGAUUUCUCCCAGAGGCUACCAUUUCGUUUGAAGCUCCCCCUGGUCAAAGCCGCAAUGGAGCGAGGGAUAUAUUUUGAGAUUGUUUAUUCUCAUCUUAUCUCUGAUGUUCAAGCGAGGAGGCAAUUGAUUUCAAAUGCCAAGGUAAGACCAUUCAUAUUCAACCUCCAAAAUUUUGUUGACUGUUUUUAUGGUGAGUGUGCUUGCGAGGAAUGUAUAAAGGAGCUGGUUUUUUUUUUUAUUCGGUUUAGAUGUGGCAACCUCUUUUACAUAUUUGGUUGACAUGUUCUGAACUGUUCCAUGGUUGCAUUGUAAUUAUAGCCAUUAUUCCUUAAUUCUUGCAAGGAAUUUGUGUUGCAAUACUUUCCCCCCCUUUCUCUUUCCUCAUUAUGGAUUGUUUUAUCAUAUCUUUACUGCUU